AUGGCGACGUGGCGGCGCGACGGCCGGCUGACCGGCAGCCAGCGGCUGCUGUGUGCGGGGCUGGCUGGGGCGCUCAGCUUGAGUCUCACCGCACCUCUGGAGCUCGUCACUGUCCUAGCCCAGGUCGGCGUGGUGCGAGGUCGCGGCCUAUGGGCCGCAGGGCUCGGCGUGUGGCGGGCCGAGGGGCCCAGGGCCCUAUGGAAGGGGAACACGGUGGCCUGCCUGCGCCUCUUCCCUUGCAGCGCCGUGCAGCUCACUGCCUACCGCAAGUUUGUUGUAUUCUUCAUGGAUGAUCUGGGCCAUAUUUCCCAGUGGAGUGCCAUCAUGGCUGGAAGUCUUGCAGGCAUGGUUUCCACCAUUGUGACAUAUCCUACAGACCUCAUCAAAACGCGCCUGAUUGUGCAGAACAUGCUGGAACCAUCUUACAGGGGGAUCCUCCAUGCUUUUUCUACUGUUUAUCAGCAGGAAGGAUUCCUGGCUCUUUAUCGAGGGGUUUCCCUUACAGUUUUAGGUGCUCUCCCUUUCUCUGCUGGCUCCCUUCUAGUUUACAUGAACCUGGAGAAAAUCUGGAAUGAACCCCGAGAUCGCUUCUCUCUUCUCCAGAACUUUGCCAAUGUCUGCCUGGCUGCUGCAGUGACUCAGACUUUCUCCUUUCCCUUUGACACGGUGAAGAGGAAGAUGCAGGCUCAGAGCCCCUACCUUCCCCACUGUGGAGGAGUAGAUGUCCAUUUCUCAGGAGCCACGGACUGCUUCCGGCAGAUAGUGAAGGCCCAAGGGGUACUGGGGCUCUGGAAUGGAUUGGCAGCCAACUUAUUGAAGAUAGUUCCAUAUUUUGGAGUUAUGUUUGGUACCUUUGAGUUCUGCAAGAGAAUCUGUCUUUACCAAAAUGGUUACAUUGUGUCACCUCUGAGCUAUAAAUUGACCCCAGGGGUGGAUCAGAGUUUGAAGCCCCAGGAAUUACGAGAAUUAAAGAAGUUCUUCAAAACUGGAAAACUAAAUUCUAGAAAACCGACUCUUUAAAACUGAAUGGAACUAGAAGUGCACUGACUGAAGGCGUGUUGCAAUCACAGAUAAAUGUAGCCUCAUAAUUGCACACGUGUGGACUGGUAGGAGGGUACUCUGGUCUGCUGCUCUUGGAAAUGAGAAGAUUCAGCCACAGGCAACCUCUGAGCUCCAAACUGAUGUCCCUGGGAACAACUGCACCAUGGGAAGGUUCCCCAACAUGACUGUCUCCUGAUAACAUUCCACAAGGUUUUGUAACAAACACUAGCAGUAAUGA